CAACACAUGGCACAUGCAAAGUGUUGACCGGAGAUUGCUGCUCCAGGGCGUCACUCCGGGCAGGAUCAAGUCCGUCGCGGCCCUUGGAGCGUGCUGUGGAUUGCGAUUUCUUCCGGUGGCUUGCGAGGCACCAGUUGUUAACUAGGAUUCUUUGUGGCCUGUGACAGGCAUUGCAAAUGACAGCAGGGAUCCCUGCGUCGACACCUUUCGCACAGCAACACUGCCAAUGCUUAAGCACUUUGGUGUUCCAAUCGAAUUCCUAGAACUCAAGGUUGUUGCCUGCGGAGCUCCGCCCUUGGGUGGCAGUGAAGUCGUCCUCAAAGUUCCCAUUGUUCCCAAGAGCCUCACGGUCAGUUUCUCCAAACUCCUCUUCUUUUCUUUCUCUCCUCGCUAAGAAUCCUUCACCAAGCUGCUACAUGGGUGGAUGAGGGCAUGGUGAAACGUAUCUGAGGAGUGAGUUACUCCACACGCAUCUCACCUCAUAUGGCCAAUCAAAUGUGGCAUGCUAAAUCGCUUGCUCCCCGACGUGUACAUCUUUACUGAUCACUACACUAGUUCGGAGUCUGGGAAAUCUCUGGGCUAUGGGAUCUCAUUGGUGACAAAAACGACCACCGGCUGCAUUUUAAGCUCCGAGUGCGCGGCUACGCAUUCAGGAGCAUCCGAGCUCCAGCUUCCAGAGGACCUGGGGAUGCAAGCAGCCAUGUCCUUGCUACAAGAGAUAAAGCUGGGAAGAGUUGUAAAUUCAGCUCACCAGGGGUUGCUGUUCAUCCUCUGUGCUCUGUGCCCGGAAGAUGUUUCCAAAGUCAGCGUCGGGAAGCUCUCUUCUUACGGUAUCAAGACGCUGCAACACAUCAAAGAAUUCCUGGGAGUGCAGUUUAGUAUCAAGCUUGACCCGGCGACAGGCACGGCUCUACUUACGUGCAUUGGAAGUGGCUUCCAAAAUCUCUACAGGAAAGUUUCAUGAGUCACUGGGGCCAUAGCUCUAACAAAAGGAAACCGAAUCAGUUACAUAGAACUUUUUCUUACCACGCUAGAAGCCAUCGGUCUUUUCCAGCAGCAGCGCGUCCACUCUCCUUGAUGUGCACAACGAUUCCAGCUGCGGCCUCAAACUCCAGCCAGCCAUCCACGACGAUCAUCUGCCUCUCAUCGUCAUCAUCUGCUGAUGCUCCCACUAAAGAUAAGAAGCUGGAAUACACUUUGGACGCGUUCACUAUGUCCGUCACUACCAGCCGGGGGCUCUCGAAGUCCGGAUGGCAGUGAGCUCCCGGAGGAACUUGAGCAUGCAGCUGAAGAUCGAGAACAUUUUCCCAUUAGAUGUCUCCCGCAUCAAACGUUGAUGUCUUUUAGUGACUCAAGAACAGUGUAAGGCAUGGGCAUUUUAGACACAAUCGGCUGAAAAAGCGUUUUAACCUGCAAAGAAGUCCAAUGAAACCAGUUCCAGUUAAUAAGGAGACAUU